AUGGCAUCUACUACUCCUUCCAUGUCAGUUUCUUUGGAGUGUGUGAACGUGUGUAAUUCCUGGAGAGGGGAUGGAAAUGGAAGACAUGAUUGUAGUUAUCAAUCGUGUGCGUGGAAAUCUCCUAGGGUUCUUACUGGAUUUCUUGCCGGUACGGCGGCUCGUCCUCAUCACUACUUGUUGAAUUGUCGAAAUGAAAGAAGGAAUGGAUAUGGUUUUGCAUGUGAAGCCUUUAGUGUAUUAGGUUCAUAUUCCGAUGAAGCACUUGGCAUCACACCUCGCGAUGGAUUCUCUAGAUCUAUCGUUUCUAGAUUUGCUCCUAGAAAAUGGAAAUUGUCUUGUUCUUCGGCUUUUUCUUUGUAUACUGCCAGCGAGUUUUCCCCUAGGAGCUUGUGGGAGGAUCUUAAGCCCGUGAUCUCGUAUCUUCCUCCUAAAGAACUAGAGUUAGUCUAUAAUGCUUUUAUGUUGGCAUUUAAAGCUCAUGAUGGUCAGAAAAGGCGCAGCGGUGAACCCUUCAUCAUUCAUCCAGUUGAGGUUGCACGAAUUCUUGGAGAACUUGAACUUGAUUGGGAGUCAAUUGCUGCUGGAUUACUUCAUGACACGGUUGAAGACACAGAUGUUGUGACUUUUGAGAGGAUAGAGGAAGAAUUUGGUGCUACGGUGCGCCGCAUUGUGGAAGGAGAGACCAAGGUGUCAAAGCUGGGAAAGUUGAAGUACAAGAAUGAAAAAGAUUCUGUUCGGGAUGUGAAAGCAGAGGACCUACGGCAAAUGUUUCUGGCUAUGACUGAGGAGGUUCGUGUUAUUAUCGUCAAAUUAGCAGAUAGGUUACAUAACAUGCGCACUCUAUCACACAUGCCUCCACAUAAACAGGCUAGCAUUGCGAUGGAGACAUUACAGGUAUUUGCUCCUUUGGCAAAGUUGCUUGGAAUGUAUCAAAUUAAGUCAGAACUAGAAAACCUAUCAUUUAUGUACACAAAUGCUGAAGAUUAUGCGAAGGUGAAGAGAAGAGUUGCCGACUUAUUCAAAGAACAUGAGAAAGAUCUUUUAGAGGCAAACAAAAUAUUGUUAGAGAAAAUCCAAGAUGAUCAAUUCUUAGACCUUUUGACAGUUAAAACGGAAGUUCGUGCUGUGUGUAAAGAGCCUUACAGUGUCUAUAAAGCUGUGCUCAAAUCUAAAGGUUCGAUCGAUGAGAUUAACCAAAUUGCACAGCUACGUAUCAUUAUUAAACCAAAGCCAGGCAUUGGAGUUGGGCCUUUAUGCAGUCCGCAGCUGAUUUGCUAUCAUGUUCUAGGGCUGAUCCACGGAAUCUGGACCCCAAAUCCUAGAUCUAUGAAAGACUAUAUUGCAACCCCUAAACCAAAUGGGUACAAGAGUCUUCAUAGCACUGUGAUUCCGUUUUUGUAUGAGAGUAUGUUCAGGCUUGAAAUCCAGAUUAGAACAGAAGAAAUGGAUUUGAUAGCUGAGAGGGGCAUUGCAGCUCAUUAUAGUGGGAGAGAAUUUGUUACUGAGUUGGUUGGAAGUGCAGUGCCCAGAAGUAAAAGCUCAAGGAGGAAGACAGCGUGUCUUAGCAAUGCCAACAUUGCACUCAGAAUUGGCUGGCUCAAUGCUAUUAGGGAGUGGCAAGAAGAGUUUGUUGGCAACAUGAGUUCUAGGGAAUUUGUGGACACUAUUACAAGAGAUCUUUUGGGCAGUCGUGUCUUUGUAUUUACACCCAGGGGAGAGAUUAAGAAUCUUCCUCAAGGUGCUACAGUAAUUGAUUAUGCUUAUAUGAUACACACUGAACUCGGCAACAAGAUGGUAGCUGCAAAGGUCAAUGGCAAUGUUGUUUCUCCUGCGCGCGUGCUUGCUAAUGCAGAAGUUGUAGAGAUAAUCUCAUAUAAUGCACUUUCCAGCAAAUUGGCUUUUGAAAGGCAUAAAGAGUGGUUGCUACAUGCUAAAACACGGAGUGCGAGACAUAAAAUAAUGAAGUUUCUGAAGGAACAAGCUGCACUUUCUGCUGCUGAUAUCACUACAGAAGCAGUUAAUGACUUUCUAAGUGAUUCUGACAGAGAUAGAGAAUCUGAAAAGCUGUCAAAUGGUUCCAGUGGUUCUAAAGAUAAGAGCCGGGAAAUAUUAUUGAACGGUGUGGAAAUAUCAACUUCAGAAAGAAAUGAGACUGUCCUCCAGAGUAAGAAUGGAAGUGCCUGGACCCCUAAGCUCAAUGGAAAACGCAAUAAGCACGUGCAUCAUCUAAGUUUGAAUGGCAAAGGGGACAUGAUCCUGCAGGGAAACCAUGUUGCCAAUAUGAUUCAAGUUAACAAUCCAAAAUACAAAGAAGUCCUGCCAGGUUUAGAAAGAUGGAAAGCCCAUAAAAUUGCCUCGUGGCACAAUAUAGAAGGACACUCCAUCCAAUGGUUAUCUAUAGUAUGCAUAGACCGAAGAGGCAUGAUGGCGGAGGUCAGUACAGCAUUGGCCACAGCAGACAUAACCAUAUGUUCUUGUGUGGCUGAGAUUGAUCGAGGAAGGGGAAUGGCUGUUAUGCUAUUUCAUGUAGAAGGAAAUUUAGAAAAUUUGGUGAAUGCUUGCUCUAGAGUAGAUCAAAUACGGGGUGUUUUGGGAUGGUCUACUGGCUGCAGCUGGCCAAGCUUGAUGGAAAACAAUGGUGUUCUCGAAUGCUAG